AACAUGGUGGCAGUGCUGGAAGUCAUCUCCAGCCUGGAGAAGUACCCCAUCACCAAAGAGGCGCUGGAGGAGACACGGCUGGGGAAGCUCAUCAACGACGUGCGCAAGAAAACCCAGAACGAGGAGCUGGCCAAACGUGCCAAGAAGCUGCUGCGCAGCUGGCAGAAGCUCAUUGAGCCUGCACACCAGAAUGAAGCACUGCGGGGACUGGCGGGGGCUGCCGGCUCGGCCAACGGGGGCGCCCACAACUGCCGGCCAGAUGCGGGAGCUAGCGCGCCCAAGAGUAUCCAUGACCUGAAGCACCGCAAUGACAUCCAGAGGCUGCCUGGGCAGCGGCUGGACCGGCUGGGGAGCCGCAAGCGCCGGGGGGACCAGCGUGACCUCGGCCACCCGGGGCCGCCUCCCAAGGUCUCCAAGGCCAGCCAUGACCCCCUGCUCUCCAACUCCUCCCCCCUUCCCACCAAUGGGAUCGGCGGGAGCCCCGAGAGCUUCCCCGGGCCCCUGGACGGUGGCGGGCACAUGGGUCCUGAAGGUGGCCGCCUGGAGCGCAGCGAGAAUGAUAAGCAUGGCGCCAAGAUCCCUGUCCACGCUGUGCGGCCGCACACCAGCUCCCCGAGCCUGGGCAAGCCCCCUGGGCCCUGCCUGCCGGCGAAGGCCUCCGUGCUGCAGCAGCCAGACAGGGGGGAUGAAACCCCAGGUCCUCCCCACCCAAAGGGCCCUCCCCGCUGCUCCUUCAGUCCCCGGAACUCACGGCAUGAGGCUUCCUUCGCACGGCAGCAGAGCCCCUAUGCGCCCAAGGGCUCCGUGCCUAGUCCUUCCCCACGUCCGCAGGCCCUGGAGGCCACACAGGCGCCGUCGCCACUCCCGCUGGCCCAGCCAUCCACACCCCCUGUGCGGCGGCUCGAGCUGCUGCCUGGCACUGAGAACCCGGUGCGCUGGCCGGAGCAGCCCGAGGGCCAUCAGCGGCUAGGGCCAGGCUGUAAAGCGGGGCUGCCCCUGGCUGAGCCCCUCCUGCCCCGGGCGGGCUUCUCCCCGGACUCCUCCAAGGCGGACAGCGAUGCUGCCUCCUCAGGUGGCUCCGAUGGCAAGAAGAAGAAGCGGUACCGGCCCCGCGACUACACAGUUAACUUGGACGGGCAGGUGGCUGAGGCAGGCGUCAAGCCUGUCCGGUUAAAAGAGCGCAAACUCACCUUUGACCCCAUGACGAGACAGAUCAGACCUCUGACCCAGAAAGAGCCGGUGCAGGCAGACAGCCCCACGCACACGGAGCCGUCGCCCAGGACAGAGCCGGACAAGGAGGCCAAGGCUAGCCUCCAGAGCCCCUUCGAACAGACGAACUGGAAGGAGCUGUCGCGCAAUGAGAUCAUUCAGUCCUACCUGAGCCGGCAGAGCAGCCUGCUGUCGUCGUCGGGCGCGCAGACCCCAGGGGCCCACCACUUCAUGUCCGAGUACCUACGGCAGGAGGAGGGUGCUCGGCGUGGGGCCCGGCGGCCACACGUGCUGGUGCCGCAUGGCCUGCCCACAGACCUCCCUGGGCUGACGCGGGACAUCACACAGGACGAUCUCGACAGAAUCCAGGCCCAGCGGUGGCCAGGGGUGAACGGGUGUCAGGACACACAGGGUAACUGGUAUGACUGGACGCAGUGCAUAUCGCUCGACCCGCACGGCGACGACGGGCGCUUGAACAUUCUGCCUUAUGUCUGCUGGGACUGACUGGCCACUGGCUUCCGAGCGUGUUCCCACCUUGCAGGUGCCGGGCAGGCCGGCGGGGCCCAGCUGUCUCCCAUGGCCAGGAACUCAUGGAGUCCGGCCCAGCGGGUGGGAGGCAGCAGGAGUCACGUGGUCUCUCCGUGCUCUUCCCUCAAAAAUCUCCUUCUUUUGUGAAAUGCUGCUACCAGUUUACUAACAAAAUUGCAAAGGAAGGACCAUGCAGAAGGAAGGACAGCAAAGCGAGUUCAGAACUCUAUAGCAAACCAGCUCUAAACAGCGUUAGUCCCCCACCCCAAGAGGUGCAGACGCCUCCCAGCACCUAAGCGUGGGGCCUCGGUUGCAGGCGGCACAGAACACCUGGGAGAGGUUCUCUUUAAACACAGCAGCCGGAGUGCGCCUGUCUCUCAGCAUUUUCUGUUCUUUACUUUGGCCCUGAGUGUCUGGCAGUUGGUGGGCCACGCCACGGCCUCUGUCCACUCUCCAGCCAGCCACUGUCGAGCCAGUGCUGCCCAUCAUGUGCCAGAAGCUUCUCGGCUGUGGCGAGCCAUGGGCCCUGGGCAGGCUGGGCAGGCAGGCCAGCCAGUUUGACCCACACUCCACGGGCACCCACCCAUUGUGUCUGGUUUUAGUUAAAACCCAGUUCUUAACGAAAUGCUGCAAACAUUUAAGUUUUCUCCAGUUGAUUUUUCUCCCUCUCUUCUGUCUGGCCACCAGCCAAAAACGUCCUUUCUUUCUUCCUUUUCUUCUUUCUCUUCCUGCUCACAUCUAGAAAAUUCCAUCUUUCUAGUGUUCCCCCAAAACAACACAAACGUUCCGCGGGUGCUACUGGUUCUAAGCUGUACUGUGGGGUGAGGGAACCUGUCUGUACGCUGGAAACACUCAUAACCAUUCCUUUAGAUUUGUUUGCCUUAUGGUUAUUUGUCAUAAAUGCGAUCUGCAAAAACAAGGAGCCUUAGUGAAUGUACAGUACUAGACUUCUGUGUCUCGGAUGCAGAAGGAGCAACUUUGCUAUUUGGUCCAGUAAGUGGACACCUUGUGAUAUAAAUGUGGAAAUAAAAAAAAAAAACCAUUUGCACAA